GUGUGUGCGGCGCUCACUGAGAAAGCGGUGCAAUGAUAAAGCCGCAUUUGCGCAGUGCCAGCAGUACCAUGUCCAAGCCAACAGGGGGCGGCGUCAAUGAUGUCACCCGCUUCCUGACGUUGGGGGUGAUGCCGGGCUCCCCCACCGCCAACCCCACGGCCUCGUUCUCAUCGGCCAGCCAGGCAGAUUGGGCGGCCAAGAGGCUGGUGUGGGUCCCCUCAGAGAAGCAUGGCUUCGAGUCGGCCAGUAUCCGGGAGGAGCGCGGGGACGAGGUGGAGGUGGAGCUGACUGACAGCCAGAGGAAGCUCACCCUGUCCAGGGAGGAGGUGCAGCGGAUGAACCCGCCGCGCUUCAGCAAGGUGGAGGACAUGGCCGACCUCACCUGCCUGAACGAGGCCUCGGUGCUGCACAACCUGCGGGAGAGAUACUACUCCGGCCUCAUCUACACCUACUCAGGGCUGUUCUGCGUGGUGGUCAACCCCUACAAGAACCUGCAGGUCUACACCGAGUCCAUCGUGGAGAUGUACCGCGGCAAGAAGCGGCAUGAGAUGCCCCCGCACAUCUACGCCAUCUCAGAGGCGGCCUACCGCAGCAUGCUGCAAGACAGAGAAGACCAGUCAAUACUGUGCACAGGCGAGUCUGGUGCAGGGAAAACGGAGAACACUAAGAAAGUGAUCCAGUAUCUGGCCCACGUGGCCUCCUCCCACAAGACUGGAGCUCCAGGAAGAAAACAGGAGUCUUCUACGAUGGACGGCACUAGGUCUCUACCUAGAGGCUGUUUGGUGAACAGGAGUAUGCAAUAUGGGGAGCUGGAGAGACAGCUGCUACAGGCCAACCCCAUCCUAGAGGCCUUCGGCAACGCAAAGACGGUCAAGAACGACAACUCUUCCAGAUUUGGUAAAUUCAUUCGCAUUAAUUUCGAUGUGGCUGGCUACAUCGUCGGUGCUAACAUUGAAACCUACCUCCUGGAGAAGUCCCGGGCCAUCCGCCAGGCCAAAGACGAGAGGACCUUCCACAUCUUCUACCAGCUGCUGUCUGGGGCGUCAGACGCCACCAGGGCCGACCUGCUGCUGGGGAGCCCUGACGAGUACCGCUUUCUGAGCGGGGGCUCCAUCCCGAUCCCGGGCCAGAGCGACGCUGAUAACUUCACCCAGACCAUGGAGUCCAUGACCAUCAUGGGCUUCAACCCCGAUGAGUCCCUGGCCAUGUUAAAGGUCAUCUCUGCGGGUCUCCAGUUUGGGAACAUCUCCUUCACCAAGGAGAAGCACCACGACCAGGCCUCCAUGCCCGACGACACGGCUGCCCAGAAAAUGUGCCACUUGCUUGGCAUCAGUGUGGUUGAGUUCACCCGAGCCAUCCUCACACCCAGGAUCAAAGUAGGGCGAGAAUACGUCCAGAAAGCCCAGACCAAAGAGCAGGCAGACUUUGCGGUGGAGGCCCUGGCCAAGGCUACAUACGAGCGUCUGUUCAGAUGGCUGGUCCACCGGAUAAACAGAGCUCUGGACCGCAGGCAGAGGCAGGGCGCCUCCUUCAUAGGCAUCCUGGACAUCGCUGGCUUUGAGAUCUUCCAGCUGAACUCCUUCGAGCAGCUGUGCAUCAACUACACCAACGAGAAGCUGCAGCAGCUCUUCAACCACACCAUGUUCAUCCUGGAGCAGGAGGAGUACCAGCGGGAGGGCAUCGAGUGGAACUUCAUCGACUUCGGCCUGGACCUGCAGCCCUGCAUCGACCUCAUCGAGAGACCGGCCCACCCCCCGGGCGUCCUGGCUCUGCUGGAUGAGGAAUGCUGGUUUCCCCGGGCGACGGACCGCUCCUUUGUGGACAAGCUGUCUGGUGAACAAGGCACCCAUCCCAAGUUCUUCAAACCCCGACAGCCACGCCAGGAGGCCGACUUCGCCAUCAUUCACUACGCCGGAAAGGUGGACUACAAGGCCAACGACUGGCUGGUGAAGAACAUGGAUCCACUCAAUGACAACGUGGCGUCUCUGCUCCACCAGUCCUCGGACCACUUCAUAUCUGAGCUGUGGAGAGAGGACAUUCAGACUCUUCCUCGUGUUUACUUCUUUGACUCCUAUGCCACGAUCCAGGCUAAUGGCGGCGACAUGGAGAGGAUCGUGGGUCUGGAUCAGGUGUCCAGCGGGGAGAGCAGCGGCCCCGUGACGUUUGGGGCGGCCGGGCUGAAGACCAAGAAGGGGAUGUUCCGCACGGUGGGCCAGCUGUACAAGGAGUCGCUCACCAAGCUGAUGGCCACGCUCAGGAACACCAACCCCAACUUCCUGCGCUGCAUCAUCCCAAACCACGAGAAGAAGGCUGGUAAGCUGAGUCCCAACCUGGUCCUGGACCAGCUGCGGUGUAACGGGGUUCUGGAGGGGAUCCGUAUCUGCAGACAGGGCUUCCCCAACCGCAUCCCCUUCCAGGAGUUCAGACAGAGGUGGAAACGCGGCAAGAGAGACCAUUCAUUCCUUCAGCACCUCAAACCAUCGCUUCCAUCUUUGUUUUUCCAGGAGAAGAAGCAGUUGGAGGAGCGUCUGAGCGAGGUGAGUGAGCAGCUGACUGAAGAGGAGGAGAAGACCAAGAGCCUGAACAAGCUGAAGAACAAACAGGAGGCUGUGAUCGCCGACCUAGAAGAGCGCCUGAAGCGUGAGGAGCAGGGCCGCCUGGAGCAGGAGAAAUGGAAGAGGAGGAUGGAGACCGAGUCGGCCGAGGCCCAGGAGCAGCUCUCGGACAUUGGCAUGCUGUCGUCAGAGCUGAGGGGCAGCCUGGCCCAGAAGGAGAAGGAGAUCACCUCUCUGCAGGGCAGGCUGGAGGAGGAGGGGGCCCGCCGUGCCGAGGCGCAGAGGGCCCUGCGGGAGGCCAUGUCUCAGGUGUCGGAGCUGAAGGAGGAGGUGGAGAACGAGCGGGGGAUGAGGGAGCGGGCGGAGAAGCAGAGGAGGGACCUGGGGGAGGAACUGGAGGCCCUGAAGACGGAACUGGAGGACACCCUGGACACCACCGCCACCCAGCAGGAGCUCAGGUCUCGGAGGGAGGCGGAGCUCAGCGACCUCCAGCGUUGCGUGGAGGAGGAGACAAGGCGCCACGAGGUGCAGCUGUCGGAGCUCCGCAUCAAGCACAGCUCCACCAUCGACAACCUGCAGGAGCAGCUGGACAACAGCAAGAGGGCGCGCCAGUCCCUGGAGAAGGCCAAGAUCAUGCUGGAGGAGGAGCGGCUCAACCUGACCUCGGAGCUCAAGAGCCUGCAGGGGGGCCGCAUGGAGAGCGACCGGGGCCGCAAGCGGGCCGAGGGCCAACUGCAGGAGCUGACCGUCCGCCUGGGGCAGGCCGACCGCGAGAGGGAGGAGCGGGAGGAGCGGCUCCUCAAGCUUCAGAGUGAGAUUGAGAACAUCUCGGUCAAUCUGUCCUCCACCGACUCCAAGUCCCUCCGUCUCACCAGGGAGGUCAGCAGCCUCGAGAGCCAGCUGCGUGAUGCACAGGAAACGCUGCAGGAGGAGACGCGUCAGAAGCUGGGCCUGGGCUCCAGGGUGCGGGCGCUGGAGGACGAGAAGCUGGGCAUGAUGGAGCGACUGGAGGAGGAGGAGGAGCGGGCCAAGGAGAACGGGCGCCAGGUCCAGACCCACGCCCAGCAGCUGGGCGAGCUCCGCAAGCAGUCGGAGGAGGUGAACUCGGCGGCGGAGUCGGCGGAGGAGGCGCGCAGGAAGCUGCAGCGGGAGCUGGACGGCGCGGUGCAGCGGGAGCGGCAGAAGGAGGAGGAGAAGGAGCGCGUGGAGAGGCAGCGGGAGCGUCUCAGGGAGGAGAUCGAGGACAUGACGCUGGCCCUGCAGAAGGAGAGGCAGAACUGCUCCGCCCUGGAGAAGAGGCAGAAGAAGUUUGACCAGUUACUGGCGGAGGAGAAGGCCGUGAGUGCCCGUCUGGCGGAGGAGAAGGACCGGGCUGAGGCCGACAACCGGGAAAAGGAGACCCGCUCCCUGUCGCUGGUCCGGGCCCUGCAGGAGGCCACAGAUCAGAGGGAGGAGCUGGAGAGGUCCAAUAAGCAGCUGCGUCAGGAGAUGGAACAGCUGGUCAACCAGCAAGACGACGUUGGCAAAAACGUCCACGAGCUGGAGCGCUCGCGGCGGGCCCUGGAGACGGAGGCUCAGAGCCUGCGGGGGCAGACCCAGGAGCUGGAGGAGGAGCUGUCGGAGGCCGAGAACUCCCGCCUCCGGCUGGAGGUCACCCUGCAGGCCCUGAAGGCCCAGUUCGAGAGAGAGAUCAGCACCAACGAGGAGAAGGGCGAGGAGAAGCGGCGCACCCUCAGCAAACAGCUGCGGGAGCUGGAGGUCCAUCUGGAGGAGGAGCGGAGCCAGCGGUCGCAGGCCAUGGCGGUGAAGAAGACGCUGGAGGCGGAGCUGCAGGAGGCGGAGGCCCAGGUGGAGGCGGGGACGCGCGGCCGGGAGGAGGCGGUGAAGCAGCUGCGUCGGCUGCAGUCCCAGAUGAAGGAGAUCCUGCGGGAGCUGGACGAGACCAAGCUGGCCCGCGAGGAGGUGCUGGCCCACUCCAAGGACAGCGAGAAGCGCCUGCAGACCCUGGAGGCUGAGCUGCUGCAGCUCACUGAGGAGCUGUCAGUGUCGGACAGGCAGAAGAGACAAGCCCAGCAGGAGAGAGACGAGCUGGCGGACGAGAUGGUCAACAGCAGCUCUGGAAAGUCUCUCCUGAGCGAGGAGAAGAGGAGGCUGGAGUCACGCAUCACCCAGUUGGAGGAGGAGCUGGAGGAGGAGCAGACCAACACUGAACUGCUGGCCGAGAGACAGCGCAAGAACGCACUACAGGUGGAGACGCUGACGGUGCAGCUGCAGGGGGAGAGGACCCUGACCCAGAAGGCGGAGGCCGGGCGGGAGCAGCUGGAGCGGAGCAACAAGGAGCUGAAGUCCCGGCUGGGGGAGAUGGAGGGGGCGGUCCGGGGGAAGCACAAGCUGAGCGUGGCGGCCCUGGAGGCCAAGAUAGACUCCAUGGAGGAGCAGCUGGAGCAGGAGAGACAAGAACGAGCCAUAGCCAACAAACUGGUGCGGAAAACAGAGAAGAAGCUGAAGGAGGUGAUGAUGCAGUCUGAGGACGAGAGGAGGCAUGCAGACCAGUACCGGGAGCAGUUGGACAAAUCCAUGGGUCGCCUGAGGCAGCUGAAGAGGCAGCUGGAGGAGGUGGAGGAGGAGAACUCGCGCUCCAACGCCCUGCGGAGGAAGCUGCAGAGGGAGCUGGAGGAGAUGUCGGAUGGCGGCCAGAGCAUGGCGCGGGAGAUCACCGCGCUGCGCAGCCAGCUCAGCCUCCCUGAAUGGAGACCAGAGAAGCGCGCCCCCCUGCCCCUGGCCCUGCGCGGCCGCAGAGCCCUGGUGGACGACUUCUCCCUGGAGAACUCGGACUCUGAGGAGCCCCCCGCCUCGCCCACCCCCUCCUCCGGGCUCCCGGGCACCCCCACCCCGUCCUCGUCGGACCCCCACAGCCUGGAGGCCCUGCCCCCUUACACCCUCAACAACACUGCCAACAACGCCGAGUGACACACACACACACACACACACACACACACACACACACACACACACACACACACACACACACAUACAUGGAGGACACAUACACACACGCAGACACACACACACAAACACACAGACAUGCAUAAACAUGCAUGUAUUGGUCCUCUGCUACUCAGAGGCGUUGGGUGGGGGGUAUGCCACAGAAACACACUACAUCCAUAUUUAUAGACCGUAGAUGAAAAAGACAUAUCCCCAAAACAUGGUGCAUACACGAGCAGAUAUCAACACACACACACACACACACACACCUAGACAUCAACACAUAAGACUGUUCAAGGUUCUUGAUAAUGUCGCCUGUGUUAAAAUACGCAGGCAUCGAUUCGAAAGGCUCAGAGAUGAAAAGCAGUGGUUACGCAUUUACUCAAGCGUUCAAACGGACGCAAAAGCAUGUCAAUCGCAAGGAUGUGUCAUUUGUAGAGAAAAACUAAACUCCCGUCCUUCCUUCCUCCCCGGGCUCAGCCCCUCAGGCCUAGCUAGAUCAUAUCAUAUCCGCUGAUCCCGCGCAAAGCUUGAAUGAGCAGCGAAUGCUAACGGCUACCAUCGCUCGUGUCCGCUAUCUCGGUAUUAAAGCCAUGUUAACGCAGCUCCUCGUCGUACCGCCUUGCUGUGGAGGAGCCGCUGGUGCAGAACAGGAGAGGGACUGACCCUCCCAGGGGUUUAAACCAUCGUACAUGUUAGAGAAUACCCAGCAUGCCACGUGAAAAGGUCAAAGGUCAAUGUGUCAAUUAGACCUUGCCGACUCAGUCAGAACGAAAGGUGUGUGUGUGUCGAGGCUCAGAGUGCUUGUUUGUGAAAUAACUUUUUACCAUGUUUUCUAAAUUGUGAUUUGAACUUGAAAUGAUAAAACCUAGUGCAAAGAACUACGAGAGGUGGAGAGAGCCGAUGAGAGUGGACAGUGGAGGGUGACGACAGUGAGGCAGGGUAACUCAGAGGGGGAUUCCACACCGUAUGUGCAUCUGGCGCAAAGCCAGCAACACCUCUCAGAAACAUCAGGGUCUCCGCUGGCACUGGAUAAGCAUCAAAGUUACCUCACGUUGUUACUCACUCGACCAGUCCAAAUGAUGUUUUUCAUACCGUAUUGUCAUAAUGAUAUAAAUACAAAAUAAAAACGAUACCAUCCAUGCAGAAAAGAAACGACCUGCAGGCAGCCAUGCUAAAACGCACCUCCUGUAUUCCGGUUGCUGCAAAUAAUAGCGUAGAAAUAGUAUGUAGUUAGUGAUUAAAGUAGCGUGUAUGAGUCAUCUGCUUAACUUAAGUCUUAAUAUAAUACUUCUUACAGGAAUUGGAAUUUGUAUAUUUUUUUGUUGCUCUGAAUAUGAACUUAAAUUAUCGAUUGCUGGUUGCGUUCCGUCAGUGUUUAUUAUGGUCUGCAUAUCAUGGUGGCUCCCGGUGGUUGUGGCUGGUGCUGGUGUUUGGGCUGGGCCCUCGAUGCGGUCUCUUCAGCCUGUCAGUGUCUUGUGACGGUUCCGGAUGGCAUAACAGGUGAUUAGCUGAUCCGCUGGUGAAUGGCUAUUUGGUAAUCAGGUGUUUAGUGCUGUUCAACAUAUUGGGCAUACUCUUUGGUUUAUUUGCUGUAUGUAUUUUUGCUUACAGAACAAACAAAAAAAAGUUGACUUUUACAUGUUGUGUACCAUUGCAAAAACAACCUUAACUCUAGCCUGUUGAGAACUGUAUAAAUGUAACUUUUUACUCAAAGGAAUAAUGCUUUUCUGCUUCUUUUAAAGAUUGAUGGGGUCAUUUUUAAGCUAAUGCAUCAUGUUUGUUUUAAUCAGCCAUCUUGUAAAUGUAUGAUUCAUUUAUGUUGAUAAACUGUAUUCUAUUCUAUAAAAACGAGAGCUUUUUGUUUAACCAAAUGGUGGGCGUAUGGAUGAUAAAAGGGACUUUGAUUUGUUAUAUUUAGGGUAAUAUCAUUGUAGAUCUAGAUCAAUGUAGACGACAGAGGGCUAGCAUUAACAACCUGGUGAUUUUCUUUCCUAAGCCUUUCACCCAAAAAUCUGUUAAGAAAAUUGGAAAACGGAAUUACAGAGUGUAAUUAAUAUGGCACUUGUAUUACACUGGCAUCGGUAUUGUGUCUAAAAGACUCCUGAAGUAAAGGGCAAGCAGGCUUUUAAGUCCUAAUUAUUUCCUUUUUUUUAAUUUAAACUACUUACAUAAUUAUCGAUGCGUAUGGCGUUAACUUAGACCGGACCUGACUAUUAAUCUUGUUAUUUUUACAGUUCUAAAAUAGACAUUGUCUUUUUAAACCCUGGCCUUGAAGAUAUCUGAGCACUUUUCACGUAUGUUGUAUUUAUUUUCCAGGACAUAAAGGUCUUUAUUUGCAUUUUUGUUAGGAAUGUACAUAGCACCUGUUUGCCUGUUUGACACAGCUUUAAGUAUGCAGGAGGCUCAGAUACAGAAACACAAAGACAUUGGACGGCUCACAUUUGUAGUACUACACAUUUCUACGUCCACAUACCGAUGUUGGCUGAUGUUUGCACCUUUAUUUCAAUUGAGAAUAAAGUGGAAAAGGAUGUGUAGCUUAGA